AUGUCAAUUGAUUGUAACAGGAUUACUAUUUCAUUCCCCGAAAAGGAAAAAAAAAACCCUGGUGGUAAAUUAUAUAAUAGAUUUGGAAAUUCGCGAUCAAAGCGUUCAAGGCCCUCCGUUGAAGAAAACGGGAAACUCAUAGAUUAUUCAUCAUCGCAAACAGACGAAGUUGAUGAUUCCAUAUCGUUAGCUUUAAAAACAGCCUUAAGUCGUGAUAGCUCUGACUGGACUACCGUUUGUGAUAAAUGGAAAAAAACGUAUUCACUUCGUCAACAAGAGCUUUCUACUACAUCUAAUCACUCUUCUUUUUUAAAAUCUUGGCCAAAAUAUGGAGAUGCUAGAGCAACACAACUGAUUAAAAUUGAUUUUGAAAUAAUGUACCCUGGAAAACAACACCUGUUACUGAGCAAGUGGGAACAUUUCAAAAUAAUUAUUAAAAGAUAUUACGAAGCUAACAUCCACAACCCAAAUUGCAAGAAGCAGUUGCGUUUACUUAAUUCUAAUUUAAGCUCUGGCAACAUACUAAAAGAUUCUGAAGACUUUAUUCUGGCCAUUUUGCUCAACUCGGUCUUACCAGCAUCUUCAAGAUUCAAAGAUAGAAACGGAAGCAACAAAAGGAAAGUCUCAAUUGCGGAUGCGCAGGAGAGUUUUGCACUGAGGAUUCCAUCAAUUCAGUCAUAUCAGGAAAAUAUAAGCGAAUUGGUAAACAAAUAUUAUAACAUAGGUUUAACUAUUCAGCCAUUUAUUUUGUGCGUUGGUCAAGAUGACUACAAUAUUCAUGAAUAUUAUGUUUAUUUAGACAAAACAUUGUUUAAGUUUGAUAGCUUUAUAGAAGCACUUGACCUGUGCUUUAAAACAUUCCAGGUUCUGUCUUUAAAAUAUCCUUUAGCUUGUCAGUCGUGUUGGUUGUUUAUCCAAAAAUAUUUUUUCAAUAUUGAAAGCAAAUUUGAUUUUAAAUCAAGCAAUAUAACAUCUUUGUUAAACUUUUUCAAAAAUCAGUCAUAAUUGAUUCAAGACCUGUGUUUCAAAAAUAAGCAAGUUAUUUCUUUAAUAUCCCGUAGAUUUUAGUUUUAAGAUUUAAUUGUUAAUAUUUGUCGCUAAGCUUAUAAUUGAUCUUCCAAAAAGUUUUAAUAUCUUUAGCUAUACCGACUUAUUAGCUGUUCAAAGAAAAAUAUUUAGUUUUUAACAUCAUAAAUAAACUGUAUAAAACAAUAGAAAUUGUAAGUACACCCUUCAAAUGUCUAGAUACCCCCAUACGUCAAAUUUGAAUAAAAUAGUUGUUUUACUAUUAUUUUCUUACCUUGCUUUCC